GACUACAUUAUUGGGGGUGUUUUCUCCAUUCAUUACUACAUGCACACAGUGAAGCAUAACUACACCAGCCUGCCAGAGCCACUGAGGUGCACAGGGAGUUUGGACUCCCGUGAACUGCGCUUCUCGCGCGCAAUGGUCUUCGCCAUCGAGGAGAUAAACAACAGCACGGAGCUACUGCCGGGCAUCAAGCUCGGUUACCAGAUCCAUGACUCGUGCGCUUCAGUGCCUGUGGCAGUGCACGUGGCAUUCCAGCUGGCAAACGGUCUUGACCAAGUGUUUAAUACCAGCGAAAAAUGCUCGCAAUCCGGUAUGGCAAUGGCUAUUAUUGGAGAGUCUGGGUCCACGCCUUCCAUCAGCAUGUCGCGCGUAAUCAGCUCCUUUGCCAUUCCGCAAGUGAGCCACUUUGCCACGUGCGAAUGCCUGUCCGAUAAGCUGCAGUACCCAAAUUUCUUCAGAACCAUCCCCAGUGACCAGUUCCAGGCUGACGCGCUGGCCAAGAUGGUCAAACACUUCGGGUGGACUUGGAUUGGAGCUGUCCGGUCUGAUUCAGACUAUGGCAACAAUGGCAUGGCGUCUUUCCUGGACGCAGCGCGGAAGGAGGGCAUCUGUGUGGAGUAUUCUGAGUCUUUCUACCGGACCAACCCACGAAGCAAGAUCCAGAGAGUGGCUGACGUUAUCCGCAGGUCAACAGCUGUUGUUGUUGUGGCAUUUGUUGCCUCUGGAGACCUGAGGAUCCUGCUGGAAGAGCUGUCUCUCAAGCCUUCUCCCCCUCGCCAGUGGAUAGGCAGUGAGUCCUGGGUAACAGACCCGGACAUGCUGAGGUUCAGCUUCUGUGCCGGAGCCAUUGGAUUCGGAAUUCAGCAAUCUGUCAUCCCAGGCUUCAGAGACUUCUUGUUGGAUCUCUCUCCCACUGAAGUUGCUGCCUCUCCCAUGCUUACUGAGUUCUGGGAAGAUACAUUCAACUGCAAACUGGGAAAAACUACAUCUGAAGGUGAGAGUGUGUGUGCUGGGACUGAAGACAUACACACCCUUCAGAGCCCGUACACUGACACCUCUCAGCUCCGAGUCACUAACAUGGUAUACAAGGCUGCCUAUGCCAUAGCUCAUGCUAUUCAUGACACAGUGUGUCGGAACACAAAUACUACAGCUCAGUGUGACAAAUUCAGCAGAAUAGAGUCACAAGAGGUUCUUAAUCAGCUGAAGAAAGUAGAUUUCAUUCAAAAUGGUUACCAUGUGUCAUUUGAUGUCAAUGGGGAUCCUGUGGCCAUAUAUGAGCUGGUUAACUGGCAGAGAAGUCAAAGUGGCAGCAUUGAGUUAGUGACGGUAGGACACUACAAUGCAUCAUUGCCGGUGGGCAAGGAGUUCCACAUCAACAAGGACCUCACCUGGGUGGAGGGUGGCACACAAGUGCCUGUGUCUAUGUGCACUGACAGCUGUCCACCAGGAACUCGUAAAGUGCUGCAGAAAGGAAAGCCCAUCUGCUGUUAUGAUUGUAUACCAUGUCCUGAGGGAGAGAUAAGCAAUGCUACAGAUUCCUCUGAUUGUUUACCCUGUCCGAGGGAGUUCUGGCCUAAUUCAGAGAGAAACACUUGUUUCCCCAAGCCUGUAGAGUUUCUUUCCUUCAACGAGGUCCUAGGAAUUGUCCUGGCUGCAUUCUCAGUCGGUGGAGCCUGUCUUGCCAUCACAAUAGCAGCUGUAUUCCUUCGUCAUAGAAAAACUCCAAUUGUCAGGGCCAACAACUCUGAGCUGAGCUUCUUGCUGCUCUUUUCCCUGACUUUGUGUUUCUUGUGUUCAUUAGCGUUUAUCGGAGUGCCCUCUGAGUGGUCCUGCAUGCUGAGACACACAGCGUUCGGCAUCACCUUUGUCCUCUGCAUCUCUUGUGUUCUUGGGAAAACGAUAGUUGUGUUAAUGGCCUUCAGAGCUACACUCCCAGGUAGUAAUGUGAUGAAAUGGUUUGGGCCUCCACAGCAAAGAAUGACCGUUGUGUUUUUCACUUUUAUUCAAGUAUUAAUAUGCACUAUUUGGUUGAUUCUUAGUCCCCCUUUCCCAAUGAAAAACCUUAACAUAUACAAGGAGAGAGUCAUCCUGGAGUGUGCACUAGGCUCAGCUAUCGGAUUUUGGGCUGUGCUUGGCUACAUAGGUCUAUUAGCCAUCUUUUGCUUUGUGUUAGCUGUCCUAGCCCGUAAACUACCUGAUAAUUUUAAUGAAGCCAAGCUCAUCACCUUUAGCAUGCUCAUAUUCUGUGCAGUCUGGAUCACGUUUAUCCCAGCUUAUGUCAGCUCUCCUGGAAAGUUUACUGUGGCUGUGGAGAUAUUUGCCAUUCUUGCCUCCAGUUUUGGACUCAUACUUUGCAUAUUUGCUCCAAAGUGUUUCAUCAUAUUGUUCAAGCCAGAGAAGAACACUAAGAAACAUUUAAUGAACAAAUAUCAAUCCUAA